AUGGCGACCAAGGGCAGCUGCAUGUGUGGCGAGACGGCCUACCAGUUCACUGGACCUGUUGAGGCGACUGCGCUCUGCCACUGCACCGAUUGCCAAAAGUGGUCGGGCGGCGCCUACACCUCCAACGUCGUCACCCCGCGCGACGGCUUUAGCGUCACCAAGGGCACCCCCAAGACCUACGACGCCAAGGGCGACUCGGGCAAGGUCAACAAGCACUUCUUCUGCGGCACCUGCGGCUCCUCGCUCUACACCGAGCUCGAGAUUAUGCCCACCAACGUCUGCAUCAAGGCCGGCUCGCUCGACGGCGGCAAGGCCGCGCUCGACAACAAGGUCGGCGUCGAGUUUUACACCAAGGACCGCGUCGGCUACCUGCACAGCCUCGCCGACGCCAAGCAGGUCGAGGCGUUUGGCAACUAA